AUGGUAGGCAAAAAUGUGACCAAACUGACCAACAGCGCAACUUACAAAGAACUGUUGGACACUUCUACAAGCCAGGUACUAUUGUCAGACGAGGUUCUCUACUAUUUUCUCUUAAUAAACUUUUGGGGUCCUGCCCUGGUUGUGUGUAUUCUUGGAGUAGUUACAAAUAUUCUGAACAUAAUCAUCUUUUGUAAACAGGGCCUGCGGGACACUGUCAACAUAAGCCUCCUGGGCUUGGCCACAUCAGACUUGGGUUCCCUGAUUACACUGCUUUAUGCAAAUAUCUCUUUUUUGCCAGAUUUCCUUGCGCUAAAUCUCCCGUACGUGGGCAAUGACGUAAUGUAUAUUUCGUCCUGGUGCCAUGUAUUAUUCACUAGAAUCAGCACCUGGAUAACUGCUUACAUCACGCUAGAGAGAUGUCUCUGUGUUACUACGCCCCUGAAAGUCAAGAAUUUGUUUACUCCCAGGAGGACAGUACUGUAUGUUAUAUUUGUAUACGUUUUCAUGCUGGCAAGCGUCACUCCAAUCUUCUACACAGCUCGACCAGCCAAGAUCUUUGACCCGUCAUAUAACACGACCUUAUUUGGGAUAUCCUUUUUAGAGGACAGAGAUAAAAUAGAAAUGGUGGCAUUCAUGACAAACAACACAGUCCCCACACUGGCAUUUUGCACGGUGGCAAUAUGCACCGCAAUUCUUGUCUCAACUUUACGAAAUAAAUCAAAAUGGCGUCGACAAGCUACCAUGGCCAAUGCUAAAACUGUCGUAGCUGACAGAGAUAAUAAAGUAGUCAAAAUGGUGGUACUAAUAUCUACCAUAUUCAUUAUUUGUUACUUCCCGGGAGCCGCUGUUUUUGUGUAUAUGUUGUUAGAUUCCGAUUUACGUGUUGACGGAGUUCAGAAGAAUAUGCUAAUCGCAGUGUUUUCAAUAUUAUUUCACCUGGAAUCCAUCAACGCUAGCGUUAAUAUCUUUAUAUAUUUUAGCAUGAGUUCAAAGUUUAGGGCUACGUUCAUGAACAUGAUUUGUUUCAAUAAUAAAGUGUCAAGGUGGAUCAAACAAUAUAUAUAA